AAGAGCAAAACCACAACAGCAGUGAUGGUACAAGUUUUGUCCAGCGACUUAGCGAGGCUGAACACCUUGUUAGUGUGGGCGCCAAGAGGACCCUCCAGGCCACAGUGGAGCCAAUACUCAGCAGGAGGUGUGAUGCUGGACGCAUAUAUAAGGUGCGAAGGGGAUGUGGACCAGCACAGCCAACACUACACCAGCAACAGUCAUGGAUCGUGUGUGGUGCGUCUUGUGGGUUGGGGUGGUGACGGUGGCUGGUACUGGGGGUCGAGUGAUGCCACUUCUUCAGGAGCUGGAGGCCUCAGACGGGUGUGGGCCUAACCCUCUCACCGUGGUUGUCGCCGCUGGCAACGACCUGGGUCACCUGGAAGCGGUUGAGGUUAUGGCAGUAUUAGAGUCGGACCCGGAGACUUGGGGGGAGUUCCUCGCCCUCAUCCACGCUUACGAUGAUUGUGUCCGCACCGGCCAGCUCAGAUUCAAACGUAUGGCACCACCACCAUUAAGGAGGUCAGCGUCUCUGGCAGGUCCCGCAGCCCUGAGGCUCCACAACGCCUCUAAGUCUACCAGUAGUGAUCUUUCUGCCCAGCCCAGGUCGUCCUUCUCCCAGCAGCACCUACUGUACCGCCUUCUGCAGCACCAGGACCCACCAUCACGCUCCCUCGACCACCACCGCCACAUCCAGGCCUGAGGUUCAUACAUCCUAUCUAUAUGACGCACUGAUGACAGAACCACACCAUUUGAUCCACACACCCACGCUGCCAACCCAUUUCUUGCAUAUAAUUCAUACUGACAACCCAACUCUUCCCCCAUACCUAUACACUAUUCACCUAACACCUGUCCCAAAGCCACCUCAUAUCAUAUAAAUUACCAGCAACACAUCACAGUACCUAGAUGCUAAAGUAAUGAAGGUUUGCUUUAAUCGACAGGUGUUGAUAAGUGUAUAUACCCCUAACAAUACGCCCCACCAUUGAUGUUAUACGUAAUGAAGAACAAGCUGGUAAAUGUCCCCACAAGCCACCCACCCACUGUACACCUGUCACCGCUUUACUAACAGUUUAGUGUUAACAUUUGCUCCAAAAAUAAAUGCUCAUGCGAAU